GCUAUAGAGUGGUUAUGGGGUGGCUAUAGGGUGGUUUUGGGGUGGCUAUGGGGGAAGGCAGGGCUAUGGGGUCAUACCGGGUGCUGUGGGGUGGCUGCACCGCCCAUAGAGAAGCGUGGUACCUAUGGAUGCCCACAGCCUAUAGGUACCUCAUCAUGGGUGCCUGUGUGUGGGGGGGAGUUAAUUAACAUCCCCUCGUUACUCCAGCCCCUCAUUAACGCAUCUUUCCCUCCACAGGAGCGGCUCGUCCCACGAGUGACCCCCCCACCAUCCCCUUAAUUAAUGCAGCCCUAUUAAUUUCCUUCAUGCCAAGCCCUCACCAACAUCCAUCCCCUGCCACCUCCACAACCCCCCCCUCCUUAAUUAACCAGGGCUCGUUAAGGACUCCCUCACCCUUUGCCAGACUGUGACCCCCCUCCUUAAUUAACCAGGACUCGUUAAGGACUCCUUCACCCUUUGCCAUGCCGUGACUCCCUCCUUAAUUAACCAGGGCUUGUUAAUGUCUGCCUCACCCCGUGCCAUGCCGUGACCCCCCUUUUUAAUUAACCAGGACUCGUUAAGGACUGCCUGAACCCAUGCCAUGCCGUGACCCCCCCUCCUUAAUGAACCAAGGCUCGUUAAGGUCAGCCUCACCCCGUGCCAUGCUGUGACCCCCCUCCUUAAUUAACCAGGACUCAUUAAGGUCAUCCUCACCCCGUGCCAUGCUGUGACCCCCCCCUUUUUAAUUAACCAGGGCUCGUUAAGGACCGCCAUGCGCCUCACUCCGUGCCAGGCCGCCCUGGCAGCCGCCAUCGCCCUCAACCUCCUCCUCCUCCUCCUCUCCCUCCCCCGCCUCCUCCCCGCCCCCCCCCCAGCCCCCCGCUGCCGCCCCAUUUCCGCCCCCCGCCCCCCCACCCCGGGGGUCACCGUUUUGCUGCGGGACUUUGAAGAUUUCGCCCACGAUCUGCCGGGAACCUCGCGCUCCUUCUCCUCCCUCGACCUCCCCGUUUUGCCCAAACUGGAGCUCCACAUCCGCACUCAACACGUCCUUAUCGUCCCCGACGGAACCCGAGCAUCUCCCGAAAUCCUGGAUGCCAUGACGGCGGCUUUGGAUUCCAACACCCGUCUGGUUUUGGUCCCCGUGGGUCCGACCCCACUGCGCUGCGUGGGGCUGGACGUGGAUCUGCGCCGUUGGACGUUGCGAUACGACGCCCAGGGUGGCUGCGGGGCCGCGGAUGGCGGAACGGCGGCUUUGCUGAUGCGUUCCCAGGAUCUUUUCAACCUCUCCUUCCCCACCGAACGUCCUUUGGAUCUUGCCGUCUUCAUCCAGGCGGCGUUGAGAGGUUGGCGGCUCCGCGUCCUCCGGCGCGGUUUCACCUCCGUUCCGUCGGCUUUGAGUUCGGCCCAUCACGUCUGGAAGGCGCAGAACCUGAAGGAUUCGCGGCGCAGGAGGUUGAUGGAGGAAUUCGGCAUCAAGCUGGAGGUGUUGGAGGACGGCAGGCGGCGUUGGUACGGCUGCAGCAAGGAGACGGAACGCUGCUUCGGCACCAUCCGCGCCCGCACGCCGCCGUAUCUCCUGGAGGGUCGUUGGACCCCGCCGUGCUGCCUGAAGGCGUUGAGGGAAACGGCAAAACACGUGGUGGAAGUGCUGGAAAAGUCCGGAGUGAGGUAUUGGUUGGAAGGAGGAUCGUUGUUGGGAGCGAUCCGAUCGCAGGACAUCAUCCCUUGGGAUUACGACGUGGAUUUGGGGAUUUACCGGGACGACGCCACCAAGUGUCAGUGGUUACGAGCGGCACGGAACGGCCCCGUGGAGGAUGAGGAGGGGUUCGUGUGGGAGAAAGCGACGGAAGGGGAUUUUUUCCGCGUCCAUUACAGCCGCAGCAACCGCCUGCACGUCGAUUUGUGGCCCUUUUUUCCCCGUGCCGGGGUGAUGACCAAGGACACGUGGUUGGGCCACCCGCAGGACGUGGAGUUUCCCGAGCGUUUCCUGCUCCCCACCGUGCCGUUGCCCUUCGCUGGUUUCAUUGCCAUGGGGCCCAACAAUGCCCGCGAGUUCCUGGAGCUGAAAUUCGGGCCGGGGGCCGUGGAGGAGCCCGAAUAUCCCAACCCCGCUGUCUUGAGGCUGCGGCGCGGGGAGCCGCCCCAAUAAAUCCCUGCGGCGCCUCCGUGUGGCUUCA